GAAUCUCCGCUUAAAGUUAAAUGUAAUAACUCCAAAUGCGAUGGGUCCAAUAAAGGAACGAUUGAAUAAAGCCAAAAAAACUAUCAAACAUUUUCCAAAUCAGAUUCAUUGGAUGGGUGGAGGGUAUAACAGUGCUGCAGUAGCAGCUCGCCUAAUACUUGAUGAAAAGAUAAUAGCUCUGCCGACAGAUACUAUUUAUGGUUUAGCUGGUUUGGCGCAAAGUAAUACAGCUAUUCACAAUCUCUACGAUAUCAAGAAAAGAGAUUUAAAUAAGCCCCUUGCUAUUUGUCUUGGUGAUGUAAAGGAUAUCAUAACAUGGGCUGAAGUGGAACAUUUACCUACUGGACUAAUUGAAACUUUAUUACCUGGCCCAACAACUAUUAUAUUAAAACGUAAAGAAGCUCUAAAUCCUUUAUUGAAUGAAGGAGUAAGAAAUGUUGGCAUCCGUAUUCCAAAGUUAAACUUUUUUCUUAGUGUAAUGAAAAUGGUUAAUAAACCAGUAGCUCUAACAAGUGCCAAUAUUACCCAAGAAAAUAAUACGUUGCAUCCAACUGAAUUUGAACAUUUAUGGUCAAAACUUGAUGGUAUAUUCUAUGAUAGGCCACAACCAUCAAAAUCAAAAAAAAUGAAUAGAGAUGCAUCAACGGUAGUUGAUUUAUCUGUACAGGGAAAAUUUAAUAUAUUUAGGCAGGGAAAAAAUUGCCAUAAAACUAUAAAUAUUUUAAAGAGAUUCAACUUAAGUGAGCAAAAAGAAGAAACUGAAGAAAGUGUCGAAACUAAGAAAUCUGAAACAUCUUAA